UCUUGUUUUAAGCUUUGUUUCGAACUAGCCAUGAAGAAGGUUUUUGUUUUUAUUCUUCUCUUACAUCUUCAGCAAGUCUGGACUGAUAUUUACUAUAAGCACUGUGUCCACUGGACUUACUCGAAAGGAUUCGACUUGCUUGAUUUUACAGAAAGGGUAGUUCUGAAUGAUGUUAUCAUAUACUACUAUGACAGCCAGCCAUUAAGGCGUAAAAUGCCCUGUCCUGAGUGGAUCAACAGUACCACAGGACGAGAACACUGGAGAACUGUUCAGAUAUUGUCAGACCACAACGAGCAUGUUUUUCACCUUGGACUGCAGUCUGCUAUUGAGCAGUUCAACCAGACAGGUUUGUUGUCUGAUCGUAAUAUAUACCAAGCUUCUGGCUGCUGUCUUCGGUACCCAAACGGGACUCAUGAGGCUCAGCUGACCCAUGCAUUCAAUGGCGAGGACUUCAUAAGUUUUGACAUCAACAGGAAGACAUUUGUAGCUGCUGUUCCUCAGGCUGUCAAGUAUAAGAAUCUGAGGGAAAGAGAGCAUGCCAUUAUAGAAGAGGUAGCAACCUACUACAAAACAAUGUGUCUAAAACGACUGGAUAUAUUUAAGAAAGCCCCAGGACUCCAGAUUCAAAAAGUUCCAGAAGUCAGGAUCUUUGAGAAACAGAAGGCUGGCUCCAUCACAGUCACGUGUCACGUGACAGGGUUUUACCCCAGGGCCGUUCAGGUCGACUGGCUCGGUCCAGAUCUGCAUCCUGUGGAUGAAGGGGUCACUGAUGUGCUGCCCAACGAGGACGGCACAUACCAGACCAGAAAGAGUGUGACCGUUUCAGAGGAGGAUGUAGGGAAACACACCUACAGCUGUGUCGUGCUUCAUAGCAGCGUAGAGCACAACAUCACCACAGUCUGGGUUGGAGAGAAACACACUGGAAUCGCUGUUUGGACGUCUCUUGCCUGUAUUGGCUUCUUGGCUGCUGGAACUGGGUUUGCAAUAUGGUGGCGCUGCAGAACUCGGGAUGCUGUCAUCUGAACCUGUCACUUCUGAACACUGAGAUAAAUGACUGUAUAUGUCUUAACAACUAAAGCUUUCGCUUGAGCAAAACAAACUGGUACUUACAUUGACAUGCCAAAAGUCACAGGACAGGAAUUAGUAUCAUGUAGGACCCCCUCUAGCCCAAAGAAGUGCAGCAACUCAAUGUGGCAUCAAUUCCAGAAUUCCAGAGGGACGUUGAGCUGUCUGAAUAGCCACCUAUAGCUCCAUGGUAUUUGUGCACACAGGAUCAUGGAAUGGGUUGGUGGACCCAACCCAUGCCAUGAGCACACACCUCACAGCAGUAUGGAACAACCACCAGCUUGCACAGUGCCUUGUUGAUGACAACGGGGGUCAAUGCCUUCAUGGGGUCUGUGCUACACAUGAACCCUACCAUCAGCCUGAAACAACUGGUACCAUGACUCCUUGGACCAAGCCACACCCUCUUGGAUUAGCUAAUGUCUGCACACUGAAAGCACUUUGGAGGUACUUCAGCAGUUGUACUUGUAUUUAUCUUACUUGUACUUGUUGUACUUUUGUAUUUAUUUUUACUUCUUGUACAUACUUCUGAGCUAGGGGAAGUUUGCUGUUUAACAUAGCACAUGUUUUAUUGAAUCUUUUCUUUCUGUACAUGCCAUCUAGAUUUAUUUAGUAAAAUAUGAUGACAAAACAGUAAAGAUAAUAAUUUUAUCAUUCUUAUCUGAGUUUUGUCAAUCAAUUACGUUCUUUAUUUUGAUAGAGUAUCUUUUUGCUUAUACUGGAAAAAAUGUGACAUGGGUUAAUUUUAGGCUAUUAUGCCACUUGAGUGCUCGAUAACAACAACAAAUCACUUUGAAUCUAGCCAUGUUUAAUUAAACCAUAACUCAAGUGCA